ACAGUGGUUAAGUGGAAAAUGGAGGCUGAAUUUUACAUGGCGAUUCUUACCUGCUUGAUCUUCGGGAAUUCAGAGGGGUUUCAGAUUGUCCAUGUCCAUAAACAAGAGUGCCUUUCCAAAAAUAAGAGAGUGGUCGUGGGUUUGUGCGAUGGGACCAACCAGAACCAGCAGUGGAUGUGGACUGAGGAUGGAAAACUGCUUCAUGUUAAAUCGGCUCUGUGCCUGGGCAUCUCCAAUUCUUCUCGAGGCCCUUCCCUAUCAGCUCUCUCUACCCACUGCUCCCAGGCCCCCCGAUGGACUUGCCAUGAGCAAGAAGGGUUCCUUGAGGUGGAAAAUACCUCUCUCUUUCUCAAGAAACAAGGCUCCAAGGUAGUGGUCAAGAAGGACAGGAAAUACCUCCAUAGCUGGAUGAAAAUAGAGAUCAACCAGCAGGGAAAACCGGUCAAUGGGAGCCUCUGCUUAAAAAAAGCUGGCCUGGGAGCAGAAGUUUCAGUAAGGAGCACUAGAAACACGGCUCCACCCCAAAACCCCACUACUCUUAAUGCAGUUCCAUAUAGCCCGGAACACCUUCUUAGGAACACCACAGAGGCCUUCACCAGGAGCACAACAGAACGUUACAGCCACAGCAGCAGACAGAGCCAGCACCCCCAUCUGCAGAUGACUGGAACGACAGAGACAUCUUGGGUCCCCUGGACGACUCAACCCUUCCCCAGCACCACUGAACAGGCCGGCCCCGGGCAGCCCGUGAGAUGCAACGUCACCGUGACCGAGUCGGCGGCGGCCAGCCACUCCGCGUCCCUGCGGUGGAGAACCUCGGGGUCCCCCUGCAACUUCAGCCUCGCCUACGGCAGCGACACGGCCGGGGUGGCCUGGUGCCACCCCACGCGGAUGGACAACGCCACCUACGGCUGCCACCCCGAGGACCUGCAGGCGGGAACCCUCUACCACUUUAGGAUUGUGUCUCUGGAUGGAGAAGAGACCACUGUGCUCUUGCAAACAGAUCCUUUACCACCUGCUAAGUUUGAAGUCAAUGAAGAGAAGACGACUUCAACGAGCUUGCAUGUUUGGUGGACUCCUUCUUCUGGAAAAGUCACCUGGUAUGAGAUAGAGUUGUUUGACAAUGACCAAAAGAUACAGGAGACUCAAAUUCAAGAAAGUACUUCAUUGAACGAACAUACAUUUUUUAACCUCACUGCUGGUAGUAAAUACAGUAUUGCCAUCACAGCUGUUUCUGGAGAGAAACGUUCCCUUACGAUUUACACCAAUGGAUCCACAGUGCCAUCCCCAGUGAAAGAUAUCAAUAUUUCAGCAAAAACCAAUUCUCUCCUGAUUUCCUGGUCCCAUGGCUCUGGGAAUGUGGACAGCUACCAGCUGAUGCUGAUGGAUAAAGAGAACCUCGUUUGUGGCAAUGUCAUGGACAAAUAUGCUACUUCCCACAGUUUUAAUGACCUGAUACCUGGCCACCUCUAUAAUCUGACCAUUGUGACCGAGGCUGCAGGGCUGCAAAACUACAGAUGGAAACUGGCCAGGACAACCCCCAUGGAAGUAUCAAAUCUGAAGGUGACAAACGAUGGCACUUCGACCUCUCUAAAAGUCAAGUGGCAAAGACCUUCUGGAAAUGUGGAUUCCUACAACAUUACUCUGUUUCACCAAAGGACUAUAAAAGAAUCCAGAGUAUUAGCACCCCAGUUUACUGAAACUCAAUUUAAAGACUUAACCCCUGGACGACUUUAUCAAGUUACCAUCAGCUGUGUCUCUGGUGAAUUGUCUGCUCAGAAGAUGGCAGUGGGCAGAACAGUUCCAGAGAAAGUUGGGAACCUGGAGGCAAACAGUAAUGGUUCCACAAGGUCCCUGGUAGUGAGCUGGUCGCCCCCUGCUGGAGACUGGGAGCAGUAUCGGAUCCUGCUCUUCAAUGAUUCUGUGGUGCUGCUCAACAUCACCCUGGGAAAGGACGAAACACACUACACCAUAGAUGACGUGGGGCUCAUCCCGGGAAGACAGUAUGAAGUCGAAGUCACCGUGGAGAGUGGGAAUCUGAAGAAUUCUAAGCGUUGCCAAGGCAGGACAGUCCCCUUGGCUGUCCUCCAGCUUCGUGUCAAACAUGCCAACGAGACCUCACUGGGCGUCAUGUGGCAAACCCCAGCAGCAGAAUGGGAGAAAUACAUCAUUUCACUUGCUGACAGGGACCUCUUACUCAUCCACAAGUCGCUCCCCAAAGAUGCCAAAGAAUUCACUUUUACUGACCUGGUACCUGGACGAAAAUACAUAGCUACAGUCACCAGUAUUAGUGGAGACUUAAAAAAUUCCUCUUCAACUAAAGGAAAAACAGUGCCUGCCCAAGUGACUGGCUUGUAUGUGGCCAACCAAGGGACAACCAGCAGUCUAUUUACCAACUGGACCCAAGCACUAGGAGACAUAGAGUUCUAUCAAGUCUUACUGAUCCAUGAAAACGUGGUCAUCAAAAAUGAAAGUGUCUCCAGCGAGACCAGCAGAUACAGCUUCCACGCCCUCAAAUCAGGCAGCCUCUACUCUGUGGUGGUAACAACAGUAAGCGGAGGGAUCUCCUCCCGACAAGUGGUGGUAGAGGGAAGGACAGUCCCUUCCAGCGUGAGUGGAGUGACGGUAAACAAUUCUGGUCGGAAUGACUACCUGAGCAUUUCCUGGCUGCCGGCUCCUGGAGAUGUGGAUAACUAUGUGGUGACACUCAUUCAUGGAAGCAGGGUGGUUCAGUCCCUCAUUAUUGCCAAGUCUGUCAGCGAAUGUGCCUUUAGCUCCCUUACUCCGGGCCGCCUCUACAAUGUGACCAUAACUACAAGGAGCGGCAAGUAUGAAAACCAUUCCUUCAGCCAGGAGCGAACAGUGCCUGACAAGGUCCAGGGAGUCAGUAUUAGCAACUCAGCCAGGAGUGACUAUUUAAAGGUCUCCUGGGUGCACGCUAGUGGAGACUUUGAUCACUAUGAAGUCACCAUUAAAAACAAAAACAACUUCAUUCAAACCAAAAGCGUUCCCAAGGCUGAGAACGAGUGUGUAUUUGUUAAGCUAGUCCCUGGACGGUUGUACAGUGUCACUGUUAGUACAAGAAGUGGACCAUAUGAAGCCAGCGAACAAGGGAAUGGAAGAACAAUCCCAGAGCCUGUUAGGGAUCUAACACUGCGGAAUAGGAGCACUGAAGACCUUCUGGUGACUUGGUCCCGAGCUGAUGGGGAUGUAGACCAAUAUGAGAUCCAACUGCUUUUCAAUGAUAUGAAAGUUUUCCCUCCUUUUCACCUCGUAAAUACUGCAACCGAGUAUCGCUUCACCUCCCUGACACCGGGGCGCCAGUAUAAAAUCCUUGUCUUGACCAUCAGUGGAGAAGUACAGCAGUCAGCCUUCAUUGAAGGCUUCACAGUUCCAAGCGCUGUCAAAAACAUUCACAUUUCUCCCAACGGGGCGACGGACAGCCUGACAGUCAACUGGACUCCUGGUGGGGGCGAUGUUGAUUCCUACACCGUGUCAGCCUUCAGGCAAAAUCAGAAGGUUGAGUCUCAGACCAUCUCCAAGCAUGUCUCUGAGUACACAUUCCAGCGGCUGGAGGCUGGAGAACUGUACCAGAUUGUGAUCGCCUCGGUCAGCGGGUCCCUCAAGAACCAGAUAGACGCAGUGGGGCGGACGGUCCCAGCAUCUGUCCAAGGAAUCAUUGCAGACAAUGCAUACAGCAGUCAUUCCUUAACAGUGAGUUGGCAAAAAGCCAUUGGUGUGGCGGAGAGGUAUGAGAUCCUGCUUCUAAAUGACAAUGGGAUCCUUCUGAGUAACACAUCAGAGCCAGCCACCACCAAGCAGCACAAAUUUGAAGACCUAACGCCAGGAAAGAAAUACAAGAUACAGAUCCUAACCGUCAGCGGAGGGCUCCUCAGCAAGGAAGCCCAAACUGAAGGCCGAACAGUCCCAGCAGCUGUCACCAAUCUGAGGAUCACAGAGAACUCCACCCGACACCUGUCCUUCAGCUGGACCACCUCAGAGGGGGAGCUCAACUGGUAUAACAUCUUUCUCUACAACCCAGACCGAACGCUUCAGGAGAGAGCUCAAGUUGACCCACAAAUCCAGAGCUUCUCUUUCCAGAACUUGCUACAAGGCCGAAUGUACAAAAUGGUGAUUGUCACUCACAGUGGGGAGCUGUCUAAUGAGUCUUUCAUAUUCGGUAGAACAGUCCCAGCUUCUGUGAGUAACCUCAGGGGAUCUAAUCGGAACAUGACAGACAGUCUCUGGUUCAGCUGGAGUCCAGCCUCCGGGGACUUCGACUUUUAUGAACUGAUUCUCUACAACCCCAAUGGCACGAAGAAGGAGAACUGGAGAGACAAGGACCUAACAGAAUGGCGUUUCCACGGCCUCGUUCCUGGACGGAAGUACACGCUGUGUGUGGUAACUCACAGUGGGGACCUCAGCAACAGGCUCACGGGGGAGAGCAGAACAGCCCCAAGUCCUCCCAGUCUUAUGUCAUUUGCGGAUGUUACAAACACCUCCUUGGCCAUCACCUGGAAGGGGCCCCCAGACUGGACAGACUAUGAUGACUUUGAGCUGCAGUGGUCCCCACGAGAUGCAAUCACGGUCUUCAACCCCUACAGCAACAGAAAAUCAGAAGGACGCAUCAUACAUGGUCUUCGUCCAGGCAGAUCCUAUCAAUUUAGUGUCAAGACUGUCAGUGGUGACUCCAAGAAAACCUACAGCAAGCCAAUAUUUGGAUCUGUGAGGACAAAGCCAGACAAGAUACAGAACCUGCAUUGCCGGCCUCAGAACUCCACGGCCAUUGCCUGCUCUUGGAUCCCUCCUGACUCUGACUUUGACGGCUAUAGCAUUGAGUGUCGGAAAAUGGACACCCAAGAAGUUGAGUUUUCCAGAAAGCUGGAGAAAGAAAAGUCUCUGCUCAACAUCAUGAUGCUCGUGCCCCAUAAGAGGUACCUGGUGUCCAUCAAGGUGCAGUCGGCUGGCAUGAGCAGUGAGGUGGUGGAGGGCAGCACCAUCACCAUGAUAGACCGGCCCCCUCCUCCACCACCACACAUCCGCGUGAACAAAAAGGAUGUGCUCAUCAGCAAAUCCUCCAUCAACUUCACUUUCAACUGCAGCUGGUUCAGUGACACCAACGGAGCCGUGAAGUACUUCACAGUGGUAGUGAGAGAGGCCGAUGGCAAUGAUGAGCUGAAGCCAGAACAACAGCACCCUCUGCCCUCCUACCUGGAAUACAGGCACAAUGCCUCCAUCCGGAUGUAUCAGACCGAUUAUUUUGCCAGCAAAUGUGCCGAAAGUCCUGACAGCAGCUCCAAGAGCUUUAACAUUAAGCUUGGGGCAGAGAUGGAGAGCCUGGGUGGAAAAUGCGAUCCCAAUCAGCAGAAAUUCUGUGACGGACCACUGAAGCCGCGCACAGCCUACAGAAUCAGCAUUCGGGCUUUUACACAGCUGUUCGAUGAGGACCUGAAGGAAUUCACGAAGCCACUCUAUUCAGACACGUUUUUCUCUUUGCCCAUCACCACGGAGUCAGAGCCCUUGUUUGGAGUCAUCGAAGGUGUGAGCGCCGGGCUGUUCCUGAUCGGCAUGCUGGUGGCCGUUGUUGCCUUGUUCAUCUGCAGGCAGAAAGCCAGCCAUGGUCGAGAGAGGCCCUCUGCCCGCCUGAGCAUCCGCCGGGAUCGACCACUAUCUGUCCACUUGAACCUGGGCCAGAAAGGUAACCGGAAGACGUCUUGCCCAAUAAAAAUAAACCAGUUUGAAGGGCACUUCAUGAAGCUGCAGGCUGAUUCCAACUACCUCCUGUCCAAGGAAUACGAGGACUUGAAAGACGUGGGUCGAAACCAAUCAUGUGACAUUGCGCUCUUGCCGGAGAAUAGAGGGAAAAAUCGAUACAACAAUAUCUUGCCCUACGAUGCGUCUCGAGUGAAGCUGUCCAACGUGGAUGACGACCCGUGCUCAGACUACAUCAACGCCAGCUACAUCCCCGGCAACAGCUUCCGAAGAGAGUACAUAGCUACCCAGGGGCCUCUUCCUGGCACCAAGGAUGACUUCUGGAAAAUGGCGUGGGAACAGAACGUCCACAACAUCGUCAUGGUGACCCAGUGCGUGGAGAAGGGCCGGGUAAAGUGUGACCACUACUGGCCAGCGGACCAGGAUUCCCUCUACUAUGGGGACCUCAUCCUGCAGAUGCUCUCAGAGUCUGUGCUGCCCGAGUGGACCAUCCGGGAAUUUAGGAUAUGCAGUGAGGAGCAACUCGAUGCGCACAGGCUCAUCCGCCACUUUCACUACACGGUGUGGCCAGACCAUGGGGUCCCAGAGACCACCCAGUCCCUGAUCCAGUUUGUGAGGACCGUCAGGGACUACAUCAGCCGGAGCCCUGGCGCUGGGCCCACUGUGGUGCACUGCAGUGCUGGCGUGGGUAGGACUGGGACCUUUAUCGCCUUGGACCGAAUCCUCCAGCAAUUAGACUCCAAAGACUCCGUGGACAUUUACGGCGCAGUGAACGACCUGAGGCUUCACAGGGUUCACAUGGUCCAGACUGAGUGUCAGUACGUAUACCUACAUCAGUGCGUAAGAGAUGUCCUCAGAGCACGGAAGCUACGGAGUGAACAAGAAAACCCCUUGUUUCCAAUCUACGAAAAUGUGAAUCCAGAGUACCACAGAGACACGGGCUAUUCAAGGCAUUGAGAAUGUAUCUGAAGAUCUCUCGGAUAAAAUGUAUUCACUGCGUGAUUUAAAAACAAAAACAAAACAAAACAAAAAAAAAACAGAACAAAACAAAAAUCAAAAAAAAAAAAAAAACUUGCUUCAUGCCCCACAGAGGUGUCAGCUAUUUCUGUUGAUACAAUGUAUAAUUUAUUAAUCUGCAGAAUUUUAAAGAAUUUAUGUAAUUUAAAGGUAACAGAUAUUGUACAUAGUUGUAUUUUGUAGUUUCUUCUGUACAUAUGUAUUUUUUCAUAAUGUUUAAUAUUAAGCUUUAUAUAAUGCUAUUUUUCCACACUAAAGUGUUCAUGGAUUGUUCUACGUAAACUAAUUCAGCCUGUGUAACAGGACUACCGGUAACAUAUGUCUGGAAGGGGUUGCAGAGGUGAUCCCAUGGGCCACGGUUUUGACCUGUUUUGAUAUCUGCUGGUGAGGAUAGAGGGCAGGGCUGGAGAAAGCAUGUAAUACAGCUGGCUUUCCUGCAUUGCUCUUCUAGGAAUCUAGGGAUCCGAAGAUGAUCCAAAUGUUAUUUGGACGAAUAUAACAGUCAAAACCGGAUUAAGCAGCACCAAAGCUGAAGUAGGUGGUUAUUGCUAAGCUAGUUCAUCUCUCCCCCUUCGCCUGCCAGAGGUUCAAGCCAAAGUGGUCAGUUCAGGGGCCACAUAAUUUACAGAGUGGUCCAGGCUGCAGGGUUGAGGAUUCUGAGAGAGAACGAUCCAAACAGAAGAGAUGAAUUCCUUGUAUCGAGAAGAUUGCCUCCUGUACCCUUAACUGGAAACCAAAUCAACAUGCAAAGUGCCGUCCGUAGUGACUGGAGAUUAUUUACUACAUUCGUAGUGUGUGAACCACACACACCCGAACUAUAAAGAGUAUGUGGUUGA